AAUUCUUCUUCUUGGGAUUAUGGACAACCCCGCUCCAAAGUUCCUAAAAUAGAACUCGAAAAAGCCAGUUUUUCUUUACCCAACACUCCACUCUAUUCAAAUAUAUCUACACAUGAACUGCUGGCAAAAACAUGUACGAAAUCACAAGAUACACAAUCGUUUACAACUGGCAGUGAAGUGUCAAACAAAGAUUCCAAAAGAGCAGAUACUGCUAUUAUUAAAAUGGAAUUGCUCGAAAACGCAAAUGACUACGAGAACGAAUGGGGUCAUACUAAAAACGGCCCCAGCCAAGUUUCCACACACGUCCCUAAAGCUGAUGACAGUUUCGCUAGCUCUGCUGGGUCUGUGUUUACACCCGUUGAGGAACAAAAAAUAACACACACGAUUUGCUCACCACACGAACUGACCCAAACUAGAAGCUCUGCAUCAAUAUCACUUGAUGUGGACCCGGCUGACCCAGGGGCCCGACCCACAGACCCGCCUCCAGAUGUCAUCCAAUCAACUCAACACAACUGGGCUCCCUCAGACUCAGGCAGCGCCCCGGCCACCCAGAGAGCUGACAGAACAAUAGACACGGAGCACGGAGCUAAGCGUUUUGACCCCUACACCAAUGAACAAACUCUGGUGUACAUCAACGAAAUGUUCUUGGUGGUCGACACACUAAUGGACACAAUCAUGGCCAACACGCACAAGACCAAAGGGAAACAACCCUCACAGCUGGACACAUUGGAUACCAUGUUUACAGACAUUUACGGUUACUCGCCCUUGAAGGUGACACAUUUCUGGAAAAGCCUAUUUUCUUAUGUGCCUAAUGGAAAAACACGACGUUGGCAAGAUAAUUUGACUCCACGCCAAGAAGAGUGGCUGAGAAUUAUUACAGAUAACUAUAGUAACCAAGUGGCAUCAUGUGACGAAGAUUUAAAUCCGCCAACAAUAAACACAAAUCAGAGGGAGGUUUGGCCGGCUCGAGGUGAGGAUUUGGAUCAUUGGAAACAUUUUCAAGAAAGAGUUGCCAGACAAACCUACGCAGAAGCUCAGUUUGUUCUGAAGUUGCCAGAUAUUGAGAGAAUUCACCCUAAAGAUCGUGUUAAGCUAGGCAGCAACAGUCGUUUGUUUGGAAAUACAAUCCUUAUGGCAUCGAGAGAGUGGUUCGAUCCAGUGAGAAAAAAGUUUAAAUUCUUCUGGAACUGGAAACUCUCACAAGACCACCCACUUGCACCAUUCAGGAAUCGGAUAAUUAAAACUGGAAGCCACAUUUUCAACUUGCACAUGGACAAAACAGAGGUGGCUGUCCUGUCUUCUCUCAAUAUAAUGAGUCCAGAAAACUCAACAUUCCAAAAUUUGCCUCAAAUAUGGGACCACAACCACACACUGAUGAAGAUUCUUGCUCACUAUUUAAUUUCCAUUAAAGUUGAUCCAGAUGAACGAAUCCCUGAAUUGUUGUCUGUGAUGCCAAAGGUCAGACACAUGAGCAUGUGGUACUCAAACGUGAUACGAAAUAUGAGAGCUGACCCUAGCAGUAUGGACAGGACCCUGCAGGAUCUACAGAACUCUGGGAACAGACCUCCCAACAUGGGGGCAUUAAAUAAAGGCUAGAUCACCUUU